UAUUUUGGUUGAAAAUCUUGCAAAAAUUAAUUGAAAUCUACCAUGCAGUUUUAUUUGUUCGGUGCAAAGAAAAAAGUUAUUUAUUACAAAAAAAAACUUCCUUAAUAUUAUCUCCGUUCACAUAUUAGUAAUUUACUCCUUUGUAGUUCAUUGAAUAACCCUCCUGGAGAAAUGACAUAGAAAUAUACAGGAGAACAUCAGGUCAAUGUUAAUAUUAAGAAAUGAAAUUAAAAAAUCCAAAUAAAGAUAUAGUUCCAAACUUCAAUUAGUUGGAAAUUAAAAAGCAUGGAAACUCAAGAAGACUGUGCAAUUAGGCGAGGACAACAUAUUCGUCAUUAUCAAAAUGACUACAAAUCUGAUGGACAUACUUCGACUUCAAUGAUAGUGAACCAAUCCCAAUAUCUAAACAUGGGGAGGUCUACCGUAAGAAUAGCUGUGUAUUUAAUGACUGGAAUCUUUUUAACAAUGGACAUUGAACACAGUUCUACCGCGCAUCAAAUUCUUGCAAUGAUACAAUCCGAAGGAGAAUUGGGAUUGACAAGAACCCCUUUAUUCACUGGCCAAACGGUUUUCGCCCUGUGGCUUUGCUCUUCAAGAUUGGAGGUUCAAUUGCAUCCGAAUCAUAAGCCUUUAGAGCUGGCUGCAAAGUGGAAUCGCUUAGUGAAAAAAUACAGUUCUCAGAGGGAAGAGACAGAUGAGGAGCCUUUGCUAUGCCUUAGAAGAAAUGUAUUUCUUUCCCGAUCGGAUGAGGAGCAAAUAAAAGAAGCUAAAGUGUUGGAAUUAUUGUAUGCAGAAGCCAGAAACAACGUGCUGCAAGGGCGUUAUCCGUGUGAGGGACAGGCACGAUAUGCAAGUCUGGGAGCGUUGCAAGCACGCAUUGAACUCGGCCCGUACAAUCCUCAAAGUCACACACUGGCAUUUUUCAGGAAGCAUCGUGGCCGAUUCUUGCCUCAUCAUUACACUUCUCCUAGUUUGUUAUUGGGGCUUGGUGUCGGAUUGGGACUGGUAGGGGGAAAAGGAGCACCAGAGGCUCGUCUGCUCGAGCAAUACAAACGGAUACCAAAUCACACGGGAACUAACACGAACUCGCGAAAGCUUGUCAGAAAGUAUUUAGAGUUUUGUUGGAGUUUGCCGUGUUACGGAGCGGCUUUCUUUCAAGGUCAAAUCGAACGUCCCGUGAGAGGGCUCGCAUCGUGGAUCACAAACCGUGACAUGCACGUACUCAUUGCUAUUAAUUCGUCAGGUGUAUAUAUCGUGGACGACGUCCAAUGCAGUUUGUUAUUGGGUCUAAGGUAUUCUGAGCUGAGCUGGGAAAUGGCGAAACCUUCCGACGAAGGUAAUUUGGAUUGUCUGCCGUGUUUGUUUCUACAGUUCCCUGUGCGAGAGAACGGGGCACGAGUUUAUAAAAUUCUACAAGUAUUCUCAAGACAAGCAAUAAUGAUGGACACGUUGAUUUCUGGCUUUGCCGAGGAUCAUCGUCGUCACGGAACUAACGGCGAUGUGACGAACACUGAUCGUUUAACGGAUCAUACGAUAGGUUCCAGUACCGGAAGUUUUACUAACAAACUUAGUAAAUUUACGUUGGCCACUUUUGACGACGAAGGUAAACGUGCAAACUUUUCGUUGAAGACUGAAGAUUUUUCUUUUUUAAUACAAAGCUGUUUCAGGCCGAUGUAUUGGACAAAUGGGCUCUUGGUCCUUUCAGUGAAGUAUCACCUUUAACGUUGUUUCACUUAGAGUCAUCUCUAAGUAUCGCGAGAUGCGGACUUUGUUGUAAGUGGUCCAUCAACAUUUCGUAUCUUAUAGGAACUAAGUCUCUAUGCCGAUUUAAUCUGGUUUCCAACAUUUGUAAGUGAAAGUUUAUUUCAUUUAUUUUCUCUAAUAGGUUUUCUUCUUCUUCGCGGGUUACAUCUCCAUCCUAUAA